AUGUCAUCACGAUUCACGGUCGUGCGACGUUACGAUAAAGCUACCUCUAUUCAAGCAGGACCCUGUCAAAGUGUUGUCUUCACCACCACCCGUCUAGACGCUAAUGGAUUUGUCAAUGCCCCUCCUUGGGUCGACUAUAAUGGUGAACAGGGUUUCGAGAACUCCCGAAUAUCCUUGGACCAUGCAUACGAAAAGAAGUGGCUGAAGGACUUCUUUGAGAAGCUCGUCAACACCCUUCCUACGUGUGCAGAUGCGAACCGUAUCCUUUUCAGCCAUCCUUGCCAGAUUUCCCUUAUACAGAAUGUUUGGAACGAGAUUGCGAGUGAUUCGAACCUGAAAUUCGUUGCGAUGUCUUCAUACCUUAACAACGAGGCGAAAGGCAGUUUCUUCCCCAACAGCGGGGGGCGUUUCCACGAGGCGUAUGUGAGCCCCGACUACCAGAUCUCGAAUAACUGGGACCGGUGGACAUGGUCCAGCAACCAACUGAACAAAUGGUCCGCAAUAGAUGAGUGGGAUGACAUGAUUGCCCAAUUUCAGCGCACUCUCUAUGGUGUCUUGGAGCUACGGGGCAUGACGGACCUGAUCUCGGAAACCAACAGAGCCAUUUACACAGCGCUUGUCGAAUUUGACGCCAACAACCGAUAUGCGGGAGAUCCGACUUACGUAAGAGCCGUCCCCGGCGGUCUAGCAGCGGCGUACAAGGAGUACAUGGAGCGCAACGUCUUACCCAACAUCCGCAGGCCUUCUGAGUACCUGUCGGAUCUGUUCGAGAUGAUUCAGACGAUGGGGACAGAAUCUAGGUCUCUUCCAGGAUUCUAUUAUCCCGAAUGGCAGGAGAGAUACGACCUGGUAAACGCCCAUCAGGAACACUAUUGGGAUGCUGCGACCAGGACCUUUUCGUGGCGUUACGACUUUAACUUUGACUGGACACCCAUGCGCCACGUCAAGAGAAGCGCCGGCUGUCCUCUCCACUGGUCAUCGAGUCUGGUAUCCUCAGUCCAAUCAACGAGCCUAGAAUCCUCAGUCCAAUCAUCGAGUCUGACAUCAGUCCAAUUAUCGAGUCUGGCAUCCUCAGUCCAAUCAUCGAGUCUGGUAUCCUCAGUCCAAUCAACAGCAGAAGUCCCAACCCUGACAUCGGCUGUCGUUACUCCAAGCCCGCUGCCAACCCCAAGUGCAUGCGAAGGAAACCAGGUCCAAGGAUCCUGCACACAAGCCUCGCUUCCGUCUAGCCCGCCGAACUCCGGUCCUCAAGCGCCAGUGUGCAUCAAGCCUCAAGGCCAGCCAUAUGUGCGCUUCAACGCCACUGCUGCAUAUUCCGGCGCUGCAAAAGUGUGCCAUGAUCUCAUCGCUCGUCACGUCGUCCUGGAUGCCCAGGCCCUUACUCCAUACAACGCGGUCUCCAAGACCGGCGCAGAGAAUGGAGGCAGCAUAGUCUUCACCGUUGCCUUUUAUCUGGCAAGCUGCAACCCUGGCACACUAAAGGGCAGUCAGCGGUUGGAUUUUGCUGCGAUGGGACAGGACAGCUGCGUCUUCAAUCUCUACAAGACUAUUUCCACCGUCUGCCAGCUUGACAACUCGUGGCCGGACUACAACGCGCAGUAUUCUCUCUUGGGUGGCUCGUGGGCCGCUGAGUGUGGUCUCUGGUCUAUGAGGGGGGUUGUGGGCGCAGAGGCUGACGUAGCGGAUGGUGGUGAUGCGGCGGGUGAGGUAGUUGAUCUAGGGCUAACGCCCAUAGAGGGAAUGCUGCACUAG